AGCAUGGCCUACAAAGAUGCUUAUUCCGCUCUGAUGAAGGGUGUAGAGGAGCUGGACUGCCAGGGACCGGCUGUGCCCGGUGACCUGGUGCUGAUCGGUGACCAUGCCUUCCCCCUGGCCAUGAACCCUCGGGGUAAGGUCCUGAUGGCAGCUUCCAGAUAUGGCCAGGGUCGCAUUGUGGUGCUGGGUCAUGAGGCCUUCCUCACCACCUUUCCCGCUGUGGUGGAGAACGCCCUGACCUGGCUGAAGCCCUCCACUGACGCCCAGGUGGGAAUCCACUCAGCCUACAGUGCUGUGGCCCAUAACCUGUUCUACACCAGCAUCCAGGCGGAGGUAGGGGGUUUCCACAGUGGGCUGGGUGUUUAUGUCACUGAUGCCUACAGUGUGGGCCCCACUGCAAAGGAGCUCGUGGCCUUUCUGAAGGAAGGGGGUGGUCUGCUUGUUGCUGGUCAAGCUUGGAGCUGGGCCAUGGAUCACCCUAAGGAGAAUAUUCUGCUGGGCUUCCCAGGGAACAAGGUGUGCAGUGUGGCUGGGAUCUACUUCUCUGAACACCCAGGGCAGCUGGGCGUGUUCCCCGUGCCCAGGCAGAUCCCUUCCAGCUGGCUGGCAGUGUCGAAAGACGAAGACUUCAAGGACGACCUUGAGUUCCUGUUGGAGGGAGUGUCUGCCUUUGACAUCCAGGGAGAUGCACUGCCUUCAGAAGUCCUAGUGCAUGGUCCCUUAGCUUUCCCCAUCGCCACCACCAAUGAUGGCAGGGCCUUCAUCGCUGGAUCCUACUAUGGGCAAGGUCGUGUCAUCGUUACCACCCACGAAAGCUACCUGGGGCACCAGGCUCUGGCUCCUUUCCUGAUCAAUGCAGUGCGCUGGCUGGAUGAGGGCCGCAAUGGGACCGUGGGCAUCCUGCCUGAGCUCAGUGGAGCCCACGCCCUCCUGAGCCAGUCUGGCCUCACCUGUGAGAAGACAAGGUUCAAACAGGGGCUGAGUGUUUAUGUCUGCACCUCGUACAGUGAUGCUCAUGCCGCCGACAUCCAGGAGUUUGUGGCUGAGGGUGGGGGUCUCCUCAUUGGUGGCCACGCCUGGUACUGGGCACAAACCCACAGUGGCCACAAUGCCGUGACCGAGUACCCUGGCAACCACAUCCUUAACAAGAUGGGCUUCAGCAUCCUGGAGGCCACCUUGAAUGCAGGCCUGUAUGAGGCCCUGCAGUCCUGCUCCGAGGCCUAUCACUUCCGAAGAAUGCUGCAGAAUUUUAUGGCUCAUGUGACCUGCGGGCAGACGCUGACAGAGCACGAGCAGGCCUGCCUGAAGCGGCUGGGUACAGACUGUGUGACCUACCUGCAUAUGCGAGCCCAUGACUGCCCUUCCUAUAACUCCAUCCUCAACAUGCUCACCAACAUGGUAAAGAAGGCCGGUGUACCGCAAGUCUGUGCCAGCUGCCCUGUGGAGAACUCUAAGGACCACCUGCUUCUCCACGUGGGCACUGAGGUGUACAAGGCAUCCCCCAAUCCAGACGACCUCCUGCCCUACAUCAUCAAGGACAGGCCCUACCUGCCCACAGUCCCAGAUGCCAGGGUCUGGAUCAGCGGCAACACCGAAGGCAGUGAGGAGUGGAAGAGCACUGGCCUGUACCUCUCUCCUGGCAUGAAGACACACAUGGCAAUCCCCUCCCAAAUCGUCGGAAAAGGCUGGGAGGUGCAGAUCGGCUGCCAGACAGACUAUGUCGGCAAUGCGGAUGAACUGAUCAGGGCACCAGUGGUGCAUGAGCGAUUCCCAAUAGAGUCGGACACCGUUCAGGUCUCAAAUUUGUGGGGCGGCCUUAUCUACCUGGUGGCUCCAUCCAAUUGCCACGAGGGAGAGCUGGAGAUCACUGUAGAGGAAGCCAUCCGUGCACCAUACUACAAAUCUGGGGAGACCAGUGUGGCGGCCUGGGUUGGGGGGAUCCGUGAUGCCCCUGCUCCCUGGGCGGAGAUGGAGUUUGAGAACAUCAUCAUGACGGUACCCUCAGAGGUGGUGCGCCACAUCGAUCAACCAGACGAGGUGGCAGAGGUCUGGGACACCAUCAUGAGGAGUAUUGCGGAGCUGGCCGCUAUCCCUGCUAAGUUUCCCCGCAAGGAGCGCUUUGUGGCUGAUGUGCAGAUCUCCCACGGUUUCAUGCAUGCAGGCUACCCAGUCAUGAUGCACUCAAGUUCAGCUCCAGACCUGAUGAUUCCAAAGCUGGUGGCUGGCAAUGGCGGUAACAUAUGGGGGGCCAUCCAUGAGCUGGGUCACAACCAGCAGCAGAGUGCCUGGGAGUUCCCACCGCACACCACAGAGUGCACCUGCAACCUGUGGUCUGUCUACGUGCACGAAACUGUGCUGGAUGUGGAGCGGGCCGAUGCACAUGGGGAUUUGAAGCCCAGUAAACGACAGAAGAGGAUUAUGCAGUUUCUGCAGAGUGGGAGAGAGCUGGACAACUGGAAAGUAUGGACAGCUCUGGAGACUUACAUGCAGCUCCAAGAAGAGUUUGGCUGGGAGGCCUUCAAGAAGGUCUUUGCUGCCUACCAUCAAAUGCAGAACGUGCCCAGUGACAAUGAGGGCAAGAUGAAUCUGUAUGCCGAGACCUUCUCCCGCUCAGUCAACAGAAAUCUGGUGCCCUUCUUCAAGUCCUGGGGCUGGCCCAUUGAGCCUGAGCUGGAGUGGAAGCUGGAAGACCUGCCUGAGUGGAGUGAUCAUCCCAUAGCCAAGUACAAGGACCUGUAGUACUAAACUUUGCA